UUUGAGAAUCUAAACAGCAUGGAAACAUGUCCGCAGGAGAUGUUACUUGUUUGUGUGACUGAGUUAAUGAGACAGAAGUAAUAAACUGUGUAAUACUUCUUGCUUACUGUUGUUGCUAUGUGAGGCGGCCAUCUUGGAUUCUAAACUCAGGGUUGGUGAGGCUCUCCCGACUCUCCCAGUAAGAAAUUUGUGAUGUAGAAGUUUUCCAGUUCAAAUUUCCCGCUAAAAACUAGGAAAUUCUGAUAUCAAAUGGAAGUUCAAAUGGAAUGAAACAUAAUUCUCCAGUUCUUACAGUUAUCAUUCCAGCAGGUGUGUGAUUCUUGUGAAUCAUUAAUGGUAACAGGAAUGAGUGAUUUUCGAUAAUGGGUAAUGUCUCUGGUUACUGUGUUCUGUAUGCUGAGUUCUUCUCCACAGGUUCUGAGUCUGAAUGCUCUGACUUCCUCCGUAUGACUCCGCCCUCCCCCUCCACUGUCCAGCUGCUGAAGUUCAGCGUGCAGAGUCUCUGUGGUUCUGCAGUCAGCCUUCACGAUGAUGUUCCACACCACGUCUGGAACCCUGACCUACCCACCACUGUGAUCAUACCAGGGAAAAGAAUGGCUCGAGUUCAGCCAGCCUGGGUCAGAACUAUGGCCCAGGAGUUGCUGGCUGUGGGGAGGGAGAACGUGCUUGCUGUGGAUUGGCUGGUUCAGCCGGAGGUGACGCUGACAGCAGCCGCUAAGCAGGUAGGAAGGAAGCUGGCUCGGAUCAUUCAGCAGCUCCUGGGUUUGAGGCCUGACACAGAAAUGUUUCACCUGAUUGGUUUUGGGGUCGGAGCACACAUUGCUGGCAUCGCUGGUUCCUGGCUGAAUGGCACUGUGGGCAGAAUAACAGGCCUUGACCCAUUCGCUCCAGAGUUCUCAGCACCAAACAGUUCCGUCUAUCUGGACCGAGCUGACGGGCAGUACGUCGAGAUCAUCCACACCAACUUUAACCCUACUGAACCUGUGCCGGCCCUUGGGUUCUCCAGUCCUCUGGGCCACAUCGAUUACUAUGUUGGUCUUGGAUUUGAGUUACCUGGCUGUCCCAGUGGACUCAUUAAGAGAGAAGAUUACCUGCUGUGCAGUCAUCGCCGAGCCCACCAGAUCUACACCAGCUCAAUCAGGGCACCCUGCCGCCACUUUGCUUUCCCCUGCCCGUCACUAGACAACUUCCAGCAUACACUCUGUACCCUCUGCUAUCAGCCUGGUCUUACCACCUGCCCUGAAAUGGGUUAUAACCUCACCUGGCUGCCUACAACCCGGCCACCUCUGUUCUCGCCCACAACUGUGUUCCUGACAGUCGCGCCUUCCCCCCCAUACUGUGUAACUCCUCUCCUGCUGAAGCUGAAGAUGGGAGGGAUUUCCUCAAUGGAGGCCAAACUCUACAUCCAGCUGGAAGGAAACACCAACAAAACCUCCACCAUGUUGGUGUCGGGUAAGGAGAUAAGGGAGUUCGCAGCAAAUAAGAAUUAUGAGUUCCUGAUUUCGUCUGACAGUGCUGGAGAUUUUCACACUAUUACAUUGGAGUUUAACACCCAGCGGCUGCUUCACCUAGACUGGAGAAAAAGAACUAUUUCUAUUGAUCACCUUCUGCUAUCCCAUCUGCCCCUAUACAAGAGGAAGUUUUACGAGGCGUGGAAUAUUGCAGUAGUGGAAAACCGAAGAGUAAAAGUUCUCUUGGAAGAAAUUCUGGUGUAACAAGACUGAGGACACAAUUCCUGUGUGAUUACUACUAUGACUAUUUUUAUCUUACCCAACUUUACUACUAAACUCCUUAUAGAGAUUAAUUUAUUAAUUAAUUAAUUUAUUGAAUUAUUCAUUUUUAAGAAACCUAAUUGAUAUCAGGCAGUAGAUGUUUAUAUUAAACUUUAAUUACAUAAACUAUACAUAUUUGUAUUCUAUUCAUAUAGCCUAUAUGUAUUCUCGCAGUGUAGAAUGGGACUGUAUGUGAGUGUAAAAAAAAAGGCCCAUCCAAUCAGAACCCACAGUUGAACGUUGAUUCAGCGUCCGAAUUUCAAAACUACCCUGUGGCUCUGAGGCAAUGUUAAACGGUUGUUUAAAGGUUGCUUGUCCGUCAUCAACAUUAAAAUAUUUAAAACCAAAAUAUUAAUGUCUAUUCAAUGUUUUUUUUUGCUAUCUGGGUCUUAGUAUAUUAUAUAUACCUGAAAA